AAGAACGCACGGAUCAACUUAAGCUUGUAAAGUAAACGUGAAAUACAACUCUCUUCGCUGAUAUCAUAGAGGCUGUCACACAAUCUGACCGGAGCAAUUGUGUGAUGGGGGAAAAGGGUAGUUUUGUGGUGCCUGAGUUGGCCGUUGAGGAUGAAGAAGAGGGUUUUGGGAGGAAGUAUGCGACGGAAGGGAAAAAGAGAAAGAAGGUUAGUGGGAAGGAGAGGAAGAAGGUUAGCAAGGGAGAGAAGAAGUAUGGAAUUAGUGGGGGGGAGGAGGGAAGUCAUUCAAAAUCAGGAUUGAUGAAGAAGGGAAUGUAUUCAGAGAAGCUGGCCGGAAAGGAAGAUGGUGAGGUCAAGGGGAUGUGGGAUACUAUUGCUGGCGGUGAUUCUGAGGUUUUAAGCUUUCUUUUUUUACUUUUCUUUCUUAAGAGUGAUCUGGAACAGUAUGAUAGAAGAGAGCAAUUGAAGAAAAGUGGUCUUGCAAAGGUGAUUAUGUUCUUAUCAAAAUCUGACGAGGAAACCAGAUCCAACAGAAAACUUGCUAAGGAUUUGGUUGAUAAAUGGAGUCGACCCAUAUUUGAUAAGAGUACGAGGUUUGAAGAUAUGAGAAACAUUAAUGAUGAUCGGGCCUUCCGAAGGCCAACAAUAAGGAGGCCAGUGAAUAAUUCUACAUUGAUGGAAUGUACAGAUGGUGAUCUGGAUUUGGAUAUUUCAAGGGAACGAAGAUCUGGCCAAUCAUCUUCAAGGCAACGUGCUUCUAGGCCAGAAGCAACUCCAUUGGAAUUUGUUGUGCGCCCUCAGUCUAAGAUUGACCCUGAAGAAAUUAGAGCCCGUGCUAAACAAGUACUCCAAACAAAGGAAAGGAAAAAGAAGUUAAAGAGGAAAUUGUGUAUUACCUGAAUAUUAUAUUAUUAUAGAUUAUAAUUACGUGACAGAAAUUUGAUUUUAUUAAUGAUAGAGCAUAUAAUUAGUGACCAAAAGAUAAUUAAUCAGGGAUCGAGUUGUAUAAAAAAAUGUUAUGUAUAAAAAGAAAUUACAGUUACUCUCAAUAGGACAAGUUCCUAACUAGUUCUUAAAAAUCCCAAA